AUGGAGGCUGAGCGGGCUAAUUCUCCGGAGAAGGUUAAGAAGAAGACCACGACACAGCAUCGCAAGUCGCUUUCAUGUCAUUUCUGUAGCCGGUGCUUUGCUCGGCUGGAGCAUCUCCAACGCCAUCUCCGCACGCACACAAAGGAGAAGCCGUUCUCCUGCGAAGUAUGCAGCAAGUCCUUUGCCAGAAGUGACCUGCUCGUGCGCCAUGAGCGAUUGGUACAUCAAGCUGAGAACGCUACCCAUCGAGGAGAACAUCGAAACAGCGAGGCUCACGAUAUUCCGCCAACUCCUGCGUCAAUGAUCCCGCCUUCCCAGCACGAUUCGCGCGUCUUGGACAUCCCUGAAUCGGUCCCGGUCCAGCCGACGCAGGUACCGCAACCGCCGCCGCCAGAGGUGCCUGUACAGGCGCCUCAGAUGGUCGAGCCACCACAGUUCAAUCCUUCUUGGGGAUACGAUUUGAAUCUGCUAUCGCAUGCUGCCAGUCAUGUUGCGCUCGAGGGCCAGCAGGAGAGCAUGGAUUCGAUGCGGAAGCCGCCGGGCCACGUCGGCGCGCCCCCUCUCAUGCCACCGAAUGUCCCGGAAAAAGCGAUAACGGACAACUACGGUGUCGAGCCGUCCAUAUUGGAUCUUGCAGACUUGGGAGAUCCAGUUCAGGAUUUUACCGUCUUUCUGGAGAGCGUUGGUCUCUCAUCUGACUGGGAUUCUGGCGUUUUCUCCACGGUCGAGGAGCCCAUGCUCCCGACCAACCUACCCUUCGACUCGAAACCUCCCGUCGCGCCGCAAAGAUUCAACGGAGAUAUCCUCAGCGAUCAACGAGCAGCUGUUGAAGAACCGCCCUCGUUCUCGAACUUUGGAUCUCGCCUGCCGUCGCUCCAGCCCGAACCACACGAUUCCGAUGAUCGGAUCGGUUUCUCGGACGAUCCCGCCAACCCACGGCCAGCAUGGGAUAUCACCAACGCAGACCGCCAACUAUUUGUCUCACGGCUGGAGGAAUUCUCUCAUGUCCUUCCAAAGGGCUUCAUUCCGCCCUCAAGACAUGCUCUGUCGCGUUUCUUUGCAGGAUACAUCAACGGGUUGAAUGAGCACCUUCCAUUCAUCCAUGUACCGACCCUGUCGGUAGCCAGAUCGCCGCCAGAGCUGACCUUGGCUCUUGCCGCCGCUGGGUCUCACUAUCGGUUUGAGAAUAAUCGAGGUAUCGACUUGUUUAACGCGGCAAAGUGCGUCCUGCUUGAACGUCUUCGUAGAAGAGACGGCAAGCAGGUUCCUCUGCCAACGUGGACAUUUGUUCCGCCACAGCCCGGUCUUCACGGCUCCCGGGAUUCCUCUGCAGUCUCUAACCAGGCUAGCAGUCCAUUCCAACCGCCGUCCUUCACUCCGAUGCAGACGCUCGAUCCCAUGAAUUACGCAAUCGAUGACUCUGAUGCCCAUAUGAAAAUCAUCCAGACGUUUCUGCUGCUCACUGUAUUCGCGUCAUGGGAAAGACACCCAGAGCUGCUGCGAGAGAUACUUGCCUUGCAGAGUACUCUGGCCAGGCUCGUCCGUGAGCAUGGCCUCUCUGAACCCAUUCCGAGCUCGGACAACAUCAGCUGGGAAGAAUGGGUGCGGCUAGAGGGGAAUAGGCGGACAAAGCUUCUCGUCUACUGCUUCUUCAAUCUCCAUUCGAUCAUGUAUAAUAUACCUCCAUUGAUCCUGAACUCGGAGCUCAAACUAAACAUGCCUUGUUCCCAUGACGUGUGGAAAGCCAACAAUGCAUCUCAGUGGCGACGUCUCUAUCGAUCGCGCCAUAGCUCCGAUGUCUCGUUCCAGGAGGCCUUUGCCAAGCUCUUCCUCAAGGGGCCCGUCUUCAACGCCUCGACCCCUAUAUCUCCGUUAGGCAAUUACAUUCUCAUCCAUGCUAUUAUACAACAGAUAUUCUUUGCGCGCCAGCUGUGUCUCUCUGCACCACUGAUGCAAGGGACAAGCCUCAGGCAGGAGGACUUGGCUGUGCUGGACAAUUCCUUGAGCGCAUGGAAAGCUGGGUGGAAGCGGACUCCAGAGUCGAGUAUCGACCCCCAAAACCCUGCCGGGCCGAUUGCUUUCACUUCCACUGCGCUUUUGGGUCUAGCAUACAUUAGGCUUCAUGUUGACCUGGGUCCAUGUCGACAUCUAGUUACUCAAGACCCGCAGCAGAUUGCCAAAGCACUAAGAGAAUCUCCGCCGAUUACGCGGAGCCCGAAACUCAUCAUGGCCCUGUUGCAUUCGGCACAUGCUCUGUCCAUACCUGUGCGGCUUGGUAUUGACUUUGUGGCCAGAACUCAUUCUUUCUUCUGGAGUAUCCAGCAUUCUCUCUGCAGUCUGGAGUGCGCGUUUCUCCUGAGUCGGUGGCUUCUCGCGAUACCAGCGACGCAGGCUGAACAAAAGCUCUCCGAGCAUGAAAGGAAGCUGGUGCUUUGGGUUAAGAGUAUGAUGGAUGAGACCGAUAUGGCUGUCGACCCGACCGAUUCGCCCGAGCUAAGCUUCCUCAAUGACCCGUACAAGGUCAAACAACUCAGCGUCGCUGUGGUGAGGGUCUGGGCUCGGACUUUCAAGGGUAACACCAGCUGGGCCAUUGUCGACUUGGUAGGGGCCAGCCUGGAGGUCUAUGCCGACUACCUGGAAAACAGCUAG